AUGGCUGUUUCUGGAAAAGAAAAUGGUUUCUUUGGAAAAGAAAAACCUAAUCUGAGUACGGACAAUUUCUUGCUUAUAGAUAGUAAGAAAUGGAAUGUGGAGGGGGCGGGGGAAUGUAUCGACCUACAGCUGUCCCAGGAGCUCCGUGACAGGGACAGGCUCGGGCUGGGACACCUGGCUCUGGCCGAGACACCUGCUUCGGGCUCGGGCCGGGACACCUGCCUCCGGCUGGGACACCUGGCUCGGGCCGGGGGCACGGAGGGCGCGCGGACGUGCCGGAGCCGAGGGGGUCUAACAGCGCCCUGCGAACACCUGGGGGAGGAGCUGUUCCCUCCUAACGCGGGGAGACAGAGCUCCCGGAUCCGGGCGGGAGGCGGCGGGCGGCGGGCGGCGGGCGACGAGCCACGAGCCACGAGCCACGAGCCACCGCCGACCCUCCCGCGGCGCACACGCCCCCAACCUCAGGACGCCGCGCCCGCCGCGCCGCGCGCACCACGCCCCCGCCCCCACCGGAAGCGGCUCCGGCCGCCCCUCCCCCACCGGAAGUGGGGCGCCCCCGUUCGGGCGGCCUCAAGCCGAGCCGAACCGGCCACAACGGCCAAAGGAGACGGCGUUGGGGGGGCGCGGGGCCGCUCGGCCGUGGCCACCCCGCAGCCCGCCCUGCUUACCGGCCUGCUGGCGGCAGGGGCAGGCGGGGACGGGGCCCGCAGAGGCCCCCGCACGGAGGACAGUCCCCUGAGCCCCUCUCGGUCGCCUGCACUCCGCUCGCUGCGGCGUCUCGCGGCGGGGGAAAUUCCUCCGCAGCACUUUCUUUCGCUAUCUUUCCUUUCCCUUCGCCCGGCCGCUGAGCCACCUCCCCCGACGCAGCCUUCCUUGUCGCGAUGGCGUUUAGAAUUGCUCCGGCGAGGAGGAAAAGGGACUAUUACCCCCCGUACCUUGAGAAAAACGAAGGGAUUAUUUUGUUCCAAUGCGGCGAGGGACUACGUGAUGACGCAAGGAGCUGGUAUUUCUGUUUGGCUGGGUCCCAGUAGGGGAAGAAAAUAUUUGGGCGAAAGGACAAGAGAAGAUUGCUUCGAGCUGUUAUGAUGAGUAUUCACUUUACCCAGUGAUAGUGCAGAGAAAAACUUCCUUGCUGAUGUUUGGGCCCCAUUAACAUUCUGUCAGAAUCCAUUUUUAAGAGUCUACCCUGAGGCCCAUAAAGAAGUAAUGCCACUUUAUAGCUGUUUCUGACAAUCACAUUAAAAAAUGUGUUCCUGGAAUGCAUUAUAUGUGUACUCAUAUAAACAUUUAUCUUUGUACAUUUAUGGUAAUGUAAAUAUUUAAGUCGGAGAGCUUAAAAACUUUUAUUUGCUUAUUUGCAUACAUGUUUUUCAACAUCUAGCAGUGCCAACCUUAUUUGCCAAAUAAGCAUCAGCCAUAAAUUCAUGCUUUGGCACAUUUCAUAUAAUAACUCUUCUAAAUUGCUCCAUGGUGAAGCAUCAUGAGAUUAGCAUUUGCUUCAUGAGAGAGAUUUGUUGUUGUUUUUAACUGUAAUGAUGUGCUGUUUAAGUGGAACAGGUGCUGGGCUCUAGCUGUUUGUGUUUAAACCUGCCAAAUCACACUCUUUUUGUUGGUUGGGUU